GCCAUAAUUCACUAAUACAUCAUAAAUCGUUGAAAGUACCCGCGUUAUAACGACCAAGAGAAAUCUAACAAAUCAAGCGCCCCUUAGUACUCAACUGUAAGCCUGCAACUCUCUAAAACAACCUAAAUGAGCUCUUACUUUGUAAACUCGUUCUCGGGGCGCUACCCAAAUGGCCCCGACUAUCAACUGCUAAAUUAUGGAGCCAGCAGCGGCGCAAUGAACGGCGGGACGUACAGGGACUCUUCCACCGCCACCAUGCACCAUGCGACGGGCUCUUACGGCUACAGCUACAAUGGCAUGGACCUGACCGUCACCAACCGGGGAGGGGGGAGCGGCAGCGCCGCCAACACCGGAGGACACUUCGGGGGCGGCUCGGUCGUCGGGGACUCCAUGGGCUUCGGCUCCCCAGCACCGGAGAGGAGCUUCAGACAGCAGUCCAGCUGCUCCCUCGCUUCUGCGGCAGACUCCCUCUUGUCACACGGUAGUGGAGACACCAAGCUGGGCGCCCGGAGCUCGUCUCCUCACUCGGAACAACCAGGAAGCGGUAAUCUCAGCUCUCCAAAGCUGUCCUCCACCUCCUCCGGUGGUGGCGGCGGCGGCAAGGCGCCGCGCUUUACAGAGCUGGACGACGCGUCGCCAGACGCCGAGGACAUGCAGCACAACCGGGACGCCGGCCACGGCAGCAACCCAUCGCCCAGGACCGCGCAAGGCGUGCAGAAGCAGGAGGGUGGCCCGGCGGGAUCAGCCGCUGGCAGCACAACGGGCAGCGAGGCUCAGACGCCACAGAUAUUCCCCUGGAUGAGAAAGCUGCACAUUAGCCAUGAUAUGACGGGCCCGGACGGGAAACGGGCGCGGACGGCAUACACCCGCUACCAGACUCUGGAGCUGGAGAAGGAGUUCCACUUCAACCGGUACCUCACGCGGCGGCGACGGAUCGAGAUCGCGCACGCGCUCUGCCUCACGGAGCGGCAGAUCAAGAUCUGGUUCCAGAACCGGAGGAUGAAGUGGAAGAAAGACAACAAAUUGAAAAGCAUGAGCCUCGCCACCGCCGGCAGCGCCUUCCAGCCCUAGAGACGAAGCCAUUUAAAAGAAUCCCUCCGUCCAUCCCUUUGGAAAGGUUGCUUCCACGUGCAGGCUUCCCAGGAGGAGAAAGAGAGAGAAAACAGUAGAAAAAAAGAAAAGAAUACUUGACAAAAAAUGAGAAAAUAACAGAAGAAGCCAGCAGGAAUGGAACAAAAGGAGACGUGAUGAAGAAACAUGUAUAACAAGCAGAUUCCAAAUCUAGAUUUUAAGAACACUUCCUCUCAUCAGCUGAGUACUGUACAGCAGCGCAGCACUUUUUAUUUGUUCGGCAUGUUGGUCUUUGGUGUUGUAGGGCAACGUAAAAAAUAAUGACUGUGGUACUUGCUCUUGUAAAAAACAGAAAACUUCGUGUUCCUGUAUGUUGUCGUUUUUAAACUAGCUGUCCGGAGCAGAGGAGUCGAGGUAAAGGAAGGAUGAAUAAUGCUACCUAACUACGUUUCUACCUACAUCCUACUUUACAACCUUGCUACCUACUUGUUGUUUAGUGUCUAAAUAUUGUUUGUGUCAAGUGCGAUGUUUUGUAAUUGACAAUGUGCUUUCUAGAUAAGUUAGCAUGUGAGCUCUUAUUGUAAGUUAUUUACAGCCAAUAACGCGUGAAUAGCCUUUAGUUUGAGUCCCCUUUCUUCUGUCAGUUACUUGCCAUUCAAAUCUACGGGAAGCAGGGAGUGUGUGUGUGUGUGUGUGUGUGUGUGUGUGUGUGUGUGUGUGUGUGUGUGUGUGUGUAAACAACCAUCCCUGCCUACAUCUACGUAUCCAUCCAUAAUGUUGUGUAUAGCUCUAUUAUUCAAAAAAGUGUAACUGUAUAUUAUUGUUAUUAUUAUUGUAAUUAUUGAACCAUGUUUCAGAAAGGAUGUAUAUAGAUAUAUGUUGACAUUUUUAAAUGUGACCAUUUGGCAAUUUGUAGUUCUCGUGUGUGCGUGUGUGGGUGCGCGCGCUCGAGUGUGCUGUGUGUGUGAGAGAGUGUGUGUACGCACGUAAGGGAAAUGGCUACCGUCCUGUGAGGCCUGUAAGCUUUCUGCAAAUGAGCUUUUUGUAUUUGUUUGUAACUUGGAGUAAAAAAAAAAAAAAGAGAA